AUGGACUUCCCGGCGAUUCCAGCGCCUUGCUCAGGCGUCGCGUCCUUGGACGUGGAGGAGUUUUUGGAGGCCGCAGAUGGUCCUCCGAGGCAAGGCGCAGGCAAUGACCUGUCCGAGCCCUCGCCUCGCCUGGUGUUGGUGGAUGUGCGGUCACCCGGCGAGUUCGCUGUCGGACACAUCCCAGGUGCGAUGAACCUCCCGCUCUUCGACGACGAGGCACGCGCGACCGUGGGCACCGACUUCAAGCGCAGGGGCCGCUUCGAGGCGAUCCGACGAGGCCUGCAGCUGGCGGGGCCGAACUUCGCAAGCUUCGUCGAUGCCUUGCAGGAGCUGGGGGCGAAGCCGGGCUCGCGCUUGCUCGUGUAUUGCUGGCGCGGCGGGAUGCGCAGCGGCUCUAUGGCCUGGCUUUUCCAACUCUGCGGCUACGAGGCGCGGUUGCAAGAGCGCGCCGCGAGAGCGAGAGCGAGAGCGGGCGAGUGCGUUUCUAGGUUCAGACCUUGA